AUGGUCGGAAAACGGAAGCGCGAGACCGCUGUUGUCUCUAAACCCAAGAAGAAGGAGAGUCCUCCUCCCGCAGACAAUGCGCAGGACGUAUUCCGAAAACUUUUCGAAGCUCAAUUCGAGCCUCUUGAUUUGCCAGGCCAUACCGCCAAGUCCGAUAAUCCUACGGAUUCCGAUGAUGAAGAUGAGGAUGAGGAUGAGGAUGAUGAAGAUGAUCUUUCUGGGUCUGAGCUUGGGUCAGAUGAUCUGUCUGACUUCAGCGACGAGAGCAACGAAGUCGAGGUGGUGGAACAUACGGAUACCCACAUGGCACCAGAAGACCGGAUGGACAAGAAAACUCGAAAAGCAUUCUUGAGCGGGAAAUUGUUAUCUAAUCUAGCGAAACCGAGCACCAACCCGGACGAACCUUCAACCAAGAAGGAAGAGGAAGAUGAUGCCCAUGACGCUGUGAAUCUGAAGCACGAUCUUGCAUUACAACGGCUUCUAAAGGAAUCGCACCUGCUCGAAUCUGCCGAUGAUCUGGCGCCCACUGGAAAGAACCGCCUUAAGGCUUUGGAUAUGCGCAUGCAAUCCCUUGGAGCGAAGUCUUCGCUAUAUGCGCAAAAGAUGCCCGAUGCGCACCGACGAGGCAUCAAUGCCAAGGCAGCUUCUAAGGAAGACAGACGUCGCCGUGAAGCUAAGGAGAACGGCAUUAUUCUCGAAAGGCCUAACAAGGCUUCCAAGUCGAACAAUGGACGACGAGAGCGUGGUGUUGUAGGUUCCUCCGUCGGCAAGUUCUCGGGAGGAACAUUGAACCUGAACAAGCAAGAUAUUGCUCAUGUUCAGGCCUCGGGUCGCCGCAUGAUGGGUGGCAGAGGAAAGGGCAAGUCCAGAGGGAGGGGCGGGGGAAGAGGUGGAGGAAGAGGCGGCAGCCGUUGA